UUGUACCCAAACCGUGCCACAUCCUGCCACCCAGCCCAGCCCUGCUUGCGAGGAAGGGACCGCAGGGCUCGGUGGCAGAGCCACCUCCAUAGGGACAUCCCCAGCAUCCCCCUGCCCCGCCUGCAUCCUUGGGACAGGAGGGCCUGUCCCACCGGUGACGCUUGGUCCUGGUUUUUCUAGGUCCCACACGUGGUCCCUGGAAGAGGUGGUCCACGUGGCGGGUGCCGCCGUGCCCUCUCUGCUGAGGGCACCCAACAGAGUGUCCCACGGGACGGUGCCAUGGGUGCUGCUGGAGCCCCGGGUGGGGUGUUUGGGUGCGUGGUCCCUCUCGGCACAGCCCUGUCCCUUGGUCUGGCCCUCCUGGAGGGUCUCAUCCACCCCAAGGAUGGCAGCUUGGGGACCGUGAGGACGGGGCUGCCCAGCAAAGGGGACAUCCAGGUGUUGCUGCCACCUUGCCCAUCCCGGGAUCCGGCAGCUCCGGUGUGGCCCCAGCGGCUUUGCAACGAGGCUAUUUCUGACCCCGCAACCUAAUUUUACCCUCCCCACCCAGCUCUCUGUGCGAGCUGUCCCCUGGCUAAAUCCAGCCGAGUGCUGGCUCCUCUCUGCCCACGUCUCUUGCGAAAGCAGCUCGACAGGUCCUUGGUGGAGGUGGGCGGUGAGGUUUCUGCUCCUGCUCACCACUGUGACACCUCUCCUCUUGGACCUGCUGCUCUGUGGGCAACCAAACCCCUUUCCCCAAGGACGUGGGUGUCCCAGGAGUGCAUGCUCCCCACAUGCCCAUCCUUAACAUCAGGGGACACCAAAACUGGAGGGUAAGGGUGACUUGGGGCUGUCCAUCACCUCCACGUGCCAUCGUGCCAGCUUGCCUGGGGUCUCCAGGCCAGCAGCAGUCUCAGUUCCUGCUUUUCCCUGGGGGCCAGGUCACCAAGAAAUGGGUCUUUUGGGAAAAUAAAUUGCCGUGAGCCAAGCUGAGCACCCAGCAUGGCCCAGGCCAUGGUGGGUGCCCCAUUAAAGGCUCUGCUGGUCACCCCAUGGUGUCCCUCAGGGACCCACUGUGUCCCCGAGCACCCCAGAGGCAGGAGCUGCACCCGGGGCGUCCCAGAGCUCCCAGCCAUAGCAUGGAGCAGUUUCGGCAGCCGCCUUGUGCCGUUCAGAGAGCGGAAACCACGUCACAUCCUGACGGGGUGGCCCCGGGGGGGUUGGCGGGGGCCAGAGUUGUGCAACGGUGGCAUGGAGGAACAUGGUGACACACCAGUCCCUGCACUGACAUCAUGUCUCUAAAGAAACACUGAUUUCACCAGCCAGGCUUGUCACGCACCUGCAGCGGGGGCACUCGGAGGUGACCGUCACACUCAAGCAGGACCCAGACUCCUGGGUUCCUCAGCUGUGUCACCAGCUUGUGUCCCUGUCCCUCACCCCAAGUGGCUCUGCUGGGACUGGGCUGGCUGAGGCCGGGAGCAUCACACAUGUGUGACAUGGAUGGACGGGUCCAAUUUUUCCUCCUGUCCCCUAUUAACACCCCCCGCCCUCCACCUUGGGGACCCCCAGGUGGGGGCAUUGCUGAUGGGUCCGUGGCUGGUGGGAUGCUAACAACCUGGAGAUGGUGGUGUCCCCAUCCUCCCACCGAUGUCCCCAUCAUCCCACCACUGAGCAAGGACACCCAGUGCUGGGCGAGCUGGGGUGCUACAGCCCUGGGGGUUGUUUUCGGCGGUGACCCCUAACCCUGACACCUAUCACCCCGCAGAACUCCAUGAACCUGCCCCCAGACAAGAUGAAGCUGCUCAACCAGUAUGACAACGAGAAGAAGUGGGAGCUCAUCUGCGACCAGGAACGUUUCCAGGUGAAAAACCCACCGUCUGCCUACAUCCAGAAGCUGAAGAGCUACUUGGACACGGGUGGUGUAAGCAGGAAGGUGAGGGCUCCCCUUUGCACCCCUCGUCCCCAUCCCGGGUCGGGCGCAGGGACGGUGCCAAUGGCUCUCCCUGUCCCCCAGUUCAAGAGGCGAGUGCAGGAGUCGACGCAGGUGCUCCGGGAGCUGGAGAUUUCCUUGAGGACCAACUACAUCGGCUGGGUCCAGGAGUUCCUCAACGAGGAGAACAAAGGGCUGGACGUGCUACUGGAGUAUCUCGCCUUCGCCCAGUGCUCCGUCGCGUAUGACAUGGAGAGCGCCGAGAACGGCAGCCCAGGCUCCGACAAGGGCAAGGGCCUGGAGCGGUCGCUGGAGGACCUGAGCAAAAGCAGCUCCUCGUCCCCCACCCAGGGUUCCUCCAAAGUGCGGCACCUCACCGUCAGGCUGAACCCCUCGCACAGCAGGAAGACGCUGAGGAACUCCCGCCUCGUCAGCCAGAAGGACGACGUCCAUGUCUGCAUUAUGUGUCUCCGCGCCAUCAUGAACUACCAGUCUGGCUUCAGCCUGGUGAUGAACCACCCAGCCUGUGUCAACGAGAUCACCCUGAGCCUCAACAACAAGAAUGCCAGGACCAAGGCCCUGGUGCUGGAGCUGCUGGCCGCUGUCUGCCUGGUCCGAGGUGGCCAUGACAUCAUCCUGGCCGCCUUUGACAACUUCAAGGAGGUCUGCGGGGAGAAGAACCGCUUCGAGAAGCUGAUGGAAUAUUUCCGAAAUGAGGACACCAACAUCGACUUCAUGGUGGCCUGCAUGCAGUUCAUCAACAUCGUGGUGCACUCGGUGGAGAACAUGAACUUCCGCGUCUUCCUGCAGUACGAGUUCACCCACCUGGGGCUGGACCAGUACCUGGAGAGCCUCCGUCUCACUGAGAGCGACAAGCUGCAGGUGCAGAUCCAAGCCUACCUGGACAACGUCUUUGACGUGGGGGCCAUGCUGGAGGACUCAGAGACCAAGACGGCCGUGCUGGAGCACAUGGAGGAGCUGCAGGAGCACGUCAGCCAGUUGACAGAGAAGCUGCAGGAUGCGGAGAACGACUCCAUGGCCAAGAUAGCGGAGCUGGAGAAGCAGCUGAGCCAGGCGCGGCGGGAGCUGGAGGCUCUGCGGGAGCAGCUGAGCCCACCGCGGCCACCCAGCCCGCCGGCCCCGCAGCCCCAGGAGUGCUACCGGCUGGCGCUGGAGCGGCGGCUGGCGGAGCUGGAGGAGAAGGGGUUGGUGCAGAUCCUGCGUGGGCCCGACGGAGACGUUGCCAUCGAAAUCAUCCCCGUCGUCAUAGAAACCCCGGCGGCCCCCGUGGUUACCGGAGAGGCCACCGCCACCAGCACCACCACUGGCACAGAUGCUCCAGCUCCAGUUCCAGCCCCAUCUCCCCCACCAGGCCCUGUCCCCCCCCCUCCACCACCCCCACCCCUCGGUGGGGAGCUCCCAGCCGGGCCAGGUGCCCCCCCGACUGCUGGCAGUUCAGUGAAGGUGAAGAAGCCGAUCCAGACCAAGUUUCGCAUGCCUGUCUUCAACUGGGUGGCACUGAAGCCGAGCCAGAUAGAUGGCACCGUCUUCACCGAGCUCAAUGACGAGAAGGUGCUGCAGGAGCUGGACAUGAGUGACUUUGAGGAGCAGUUCAAGACCAAGGCACAGGGCCCUGGCUUGGACAUCACUGCCCUCAAGACGAAGGCCACGCAGAAGGCUCCCAGCAAGGUCACCCUCAUGGAGUCCAACCGUGCCAAGAACCUGGCCAUCACCCUCCGCAAGGGUGGCCGCAGCAUCCAGGACAUCUGCACAGCCAUCGAGACGUAUGACCAGCAAGCUCUGAGCCUUGACUUUCUGGAGCUGCUGCUGCGCUUCCUGCCCACUGAGUACGAGCGGACGCUCAUCGGGAAGUUCGAGCGGGAGCAGCAGCCGCCGGAGGAGCUCUCAGACGAGGACCAGUUCAUGAUCCGCUUCAGCAAGAUCCCACGCCUGGCCGAGCGCAUGAACGUCAUGAUCUUCCUGGGCAACUUCAAUGACACGGCCCAGCUGCUCAUGCCGCAACUCAACGCCAUCAUCGCCGCCUCCAUGUCCCUCAAGUCCUCCAGCAAACUGCGCAACAUCCUCGAGAUUGUCCUGGCCUUUGGGAACUACAUGAACAGCAGCAAGCGUGGAGCAGCCUACGGCUUUCGACUGCAGAGCCUGGAUGCGCUCCUGGAGAUGAAGUCGACGGACCGCAAGCAAACGCUGCUGCAUUACCUGGUGCGGGUGAUCACGGAGAAGUACCCCGAGCUGACCGGCUUCCACACUGAGCUGCAUUUCCUCGACAAGGCGGGCACAGUCUCCCUGGACAGUGUGCUGCAGGACGUGCGGAGCCUGCAGCAGGGGAUGGAGCUGACCCGCAAGGAGUUCAUGCGGCAAGAUGACAGCCCUGUGCUCAAGGACUUCCUCAAGGUCAACUUGGAGGUGAUGGAGAAGCUGCAGGCUGACAGCAAAACUGCCAAGGAGGCAUACGAGUCAGCUGUGGAGUACUUCGGGGAGAACCCCAAGACCAGUCCCCCCACCACCUUCUUCCCCAUGUUCAUGCGCUUCAUCAGAGCCUACAAGAAAGCAGAGCAGGACAUCGAACUGUGGAAGAAACAAGAGGCCGCAGCCAAAGAGGCAGAAUCUGGCUCCCCUGGCAGCGAGGACCAGCCUGAGGUGAAGUUGCCCAUCCAGAAAGCGAGGCGGCAACAGAUGGACAUGAUCGCUGAGCUGAAGAAGAAGCAGAUGGUGAAGGAGCCACUCAUCUAUGAAGGAAAAGACGGGGCCAUCGAGGACAUUAUUUCAGAUCUGCGGAACAACCCUUACCGGCGCGCAGACAAGGGCCGCGGCAGCGCCAAGAAACGGGCUGCGGGGCAGAGCCUGCAGGCGAUGCCGGACAUCUCGCUGUGACCGGCGCCGUCCCUGCAGCUGCCAGGACCGGGACAGGACCAUCCUCCCGAUGCAGAUGGGAUCGCAGGACGUCAAUCCGUUGGCCUGGGAUGACAUGGGGCAGAGGGACAGUGCCCGCUUCUAGCUGCUCCAGCCGCUUAGCGUGCCAGCUCCCACCCUGCAUGCCCUUGGGUCUGGCGCAGGGAUCCCCUGGUGCUUGCUUAGCAAUGCCUUCGAGCUCCUCUCCUCCAGGCUGGCAGGGCUGGGAGACCCUCCUGGGGAUGGGCAGGGAGGGGGGAGCACAGAAAGGGCCCCAACUCAUCCUGGAAGGAAAAGAGGAGCUGCCCCAUCCCUACCCCAGAGCUACUCCAUCGCACACCCAUCUCAGGGUCAGCCCUGUGCACUGGUGUGCCCCGCUCUUCAGCUUGCUGGUGCCUUUGAUUUCCCGCUGCAGGAGGGGAGGAGGGUUGUAAGCCAGGGACGCAGCAGUCCCUGCACAUCCCCCCUACCUCCCCCAGCCCUUUGAGACCUGUGUUCUCCUCCGCUGCAGAGCCGAGCAGGCAUGGGCUGCACCUCCUCUCCAGCGAGAGGCCUGCUGCAAAGAUCCCACCCUGGGCACUUCCCAUACCCCAGGAGCUGGCAGGGGUGCUAUUUUACAGUGAUUUUAUAUGUCUUCCUUAAAAUUUCUCUGUGCUACGGGAGCAGGGACUGAGGCACCUAUAUUGAGGGUCUCACUAGGAUCAUAAGGCUGUGAUGAGUCUGUUCCUCACCGCAGGGGAGGCUCUGUAGCUACAACCAUCAGCAGCAGGGUCAAGGAUUUACUAUCCUCAAGUCUCUGCGAGGUGGUACCUAGCUCUGCCCUCCUGCAUCCCUGGCAUCCACCUCUGCUGUUGGGGCUGGAGCCUCUCGGAGGUAACAGUGACCAUCAGCCCUCGGGGAGCACAAGGCUGCUCCCCAUUAGGCAGCAGCUGAAGGAUGCGACAUGCAGCAGGUGCUGGGCAGCCUGCAGCCCCUGCAGCAAACACCACGAUCCCAGAAUGCUGCAGGGUCACAGCUGAAAUCACGCAGGAGAGAGGCCAGAGAGCUGCACAAGCCUCCAGAUAACGCACUGGACUUGAUUCCUCCCCUGCCCUGCUGCUGAUCAGUAAAGCCAAACCAUGCACUAUCGCAAUUAACCUCUUAAUGCAUUUACUUUGUUAAACGGCCCCUGCUUGCCCUGCUGCGAGGAUGCGUGGCUGCCGUGUACAUUCUCGCUAGUCCCAGCUUUUAGACCAGGGUAAGUCCUCGCUGUAAGCCAGAGCAGCGACUGCUUCCUGCUGUAAUUAAGAUGCUAAGCGCCAACCGGCUCAGUAUCACACACAAGCUCAAAGGGGAGGGAAGGGAAAUGAAUGCGUAACUUAUAAAUGCCUUUAAGCCAGAAAUGUAAAACAUUAACUGCUAAUUUGUAUACAUUAUUU